CGACGUUAGGCCUGUGCGCCACAAAGCUUCCCAAAACCAUGCUGGGCGUAGGGGGCGCGGGUUUCGCAGGAUGCCUGCGAGCCCGGCUACAGGCAGGGCUGUGGGGUUCGCGGGGUCGCUCCCUGGCCUUGGCGCGCUUGGCUGGCGCGCCCGGCCCUGGGGACCCGCGGCCCUCCGCGGGGCGGGACCUGCGCUGGCGUCAGCUCAGCCUGUCGGCAGCUGCGGUGGUGGAGUCCGCGCCCCGCCCGCUGCAGCCCUACCUGCGCCUCAUGAGGUUGGACAAGCCCAUUGGAACCUGGCUGCUCUAUUUGCCUUGUACCUGGAGCAUUGGUUUGGCAGCUGAGCCUGGUUGUUUUCCAGAUUGGUACAUGCUAUCCCUGUUUGGCACUGGCGCUAUUCUGAUGCGUGGAGCAGGCUGUACUAUUAAUGACAUGUGGGACCGGGACUACGAUAAAAAGGUUACAAGAACAGCAAGUCGCCCAAUAGCUGCUGGAGACAUUUCAAUUUUCCAGUCUGUCAUUUUUCUCGGGGUCCAGCUGACCCUGGCACUGGGUAUUCUUCUGUGUCUGAAUUACUACAGUAUAGCUCUUGGCACAGCAUCCCUGCUUCUUGUCAUCACCUACCCACUAAUGAAAAGAGUUACGUUUUGGCCUCAAUUAGCCUUGGGGUUCACUUUCAAUUGGGGAGCAUUACUUGGGUGGUCUGCUGUCAAGGGCUCCUGUGACCCAUCAGUUUGCCUGCCUCUCUAUUUUUCUGGAAUUAUGUGGACUCUAAUAUAUGAUACUAUCUAUGCCUAUCAGGACAAGAGAGAUGAUGCCCUGAUUGGUCUUAAGUCCACAGCCUUGAGGUUUCGUGAGAAUGCCAAGCAGUGGCUUAGUGGCUUCAGUGCAGCAAUGCUGGGGUCGCUGAGCCUGGUGGGAGUGACCACUGGUCAGACCGUGCCCUACUACGCUGCUCUGGCUGUUGUUGGAGCCCAUCUGACUCACCAGUCCUUUCGGCAGGCCCGGCCUCCCGAUGAAUCUGAAAUAGGGAGUUGCACAGGGAACUGGUCCAGAAUGCUGUGCCCCUGCCGAGGUGCGCCACAUGCCAAGCACUGGUCCCCAGACUGUGCAUCCCCCGAAUUCCCUGCUGUUCCUGUCUUUGCUGCAUCCCGGAGACUCUACUGUACUGCUGCUGUCUCCCUACUGUCUGGUUCCUCCGUGACCGUCAACAUUUCUGGUCCCUUAUUUUCAUAUAUGCUGAGCAACUGCUGGCCGCCUGUUUUCUCCUCCACUGAUUAGACAGGAUUCUCUCCCUUGUGUACAAGGAACUGGAAUCUGCUCCAACCUACUCUGUUGCCAUCUUGCCUUUUCCCUAAAAUUAUAUUUUAUUGAUUGUGCUAUUAUAGUUGGCCCAAUUUUUCCCCUUUGUCUCCCUCUACCCAGCACCCCCCACUCCCUUAGGCAGUCCCCACACUGUGAUUCAUAUCCAUGGGUCAUAUGUAUAAGUUCUUUGGCUAUUCUAUUUCCUAUAAUGUACUUUACAUCCCCAUGGCUAUUCUGUAACUACUUGUACUUUUCAAUCCCCUCACCUCUCCCCCCAUUCCCCAACAGCCCCCUCCCAUCUGGUAAGCAUCAAAACACUCUAUAUUCAGGAUGCUGUCUCUAUUCUUAUUUGUUUAGUUUGUUUUUUUAGAUUCAGUUGUUGGUAUGAAUUAUUGCCAUUUUAUUGUUCAUAGUUUUGAUUUUCUUCUUUUCCUUAAAUAUGUCCCUUUAACAUUUCAUACAAUGAUGGUUUGGUGAUAAUGAACUUCUUUAGUUAUUUUCUUGUGUGGGAAGCUCUUUAUCUGCCCUUUGAUUCUAAAUGAUAGCUUUGCUGGGUAAAACAAUCUUGGCUGUAGGUCCCUGCUUUUCAUGACUUUUAAUAUUUCUUGCAAAUCCCCUCUACCCUGCAGUUUCUUUUGAGAAAUGAGCUGACAGUAUUAUGGGAACUCCCCUGUAGGUAACUAACUGCUUUUCUCUUGCUGCAUUCAAGAUUGUCCCUGUGUUUUUAACCUUUGGCAUUUUAAUUGUGAUGUGCCUUCACAUGGUCUUCUUUGCAUCCAUCUUCUUUGGGACUCUCUGUGCUUCCUGGACUUGCAUGUCUUUUUCCUUCACCAAAUUAGGAAAGUUUUCUUUCAUUAUUUUUUUCAAAUAGAUUUCCCAUUUCUUGCUCUUAAUCUUUUCUUCUGGAGAUGCUAUGAUGCAAAUGUUGAAAUGUUUGAAGUUGUCCCAGAGGCUGCUUACACUAUCCUAAUUAGGGGGGAUUUUUUUUUUCUUCUUGUUCUAAUUAGUUGUUUUUUAUUCCAUUAUGUUCCCAAAUCAUUGAUUUGAUUCUCAGCUUCAUCCACUGUACUGUUGUUUUCCUGUAAAUUGUUCUUUAUUUCAAUUAGUGUAUCCUUUGUUUCUGACUGGAUCUUUUUUGUGCUUUUGAGGUCCUCACUAAGUUCCUUAAGCAUCCUGACAACCAGUGUUUUGAACUCUGCAUCCGAUAGAUUGCUUAUAUCCAUUUUGUUUAAUUCUUUUUCUGGAGUUUUGAUCCUUCAUGUGGGUCAUAUUUCUUUGUUUUCUCAUUUUGUCAGCCUCCCUGUGUUUGUUUGUAUGUAUUAGGUAGAGCUGCUAUGACUUCCUGUCUUGGUAGCAUGGCCUCAUGUAGUAGGUGUCCUGUAGGGUCUUGGCACCUGUUAGGAAGGAUGCUGAGAGCCUAGCCUUUGGAGCAGACAGGCCUGUAUGUGAAUUGUCCCUUUAAUACUUGCCAGCUGGGAGACCUUAAACAAGUGACAAACCACCCUAAAUCACCAUAUUCUCAUUUGCCAAACCUGGGCCAUCUGAGGAUUAAAUGGAGUCAACGUGUUAAAGCCCAUUAUGGGUUCAGUAAGGUCUUUAAGAAAGUUAUUAAGUUAAAACAAGGUCAUUAGGGUGAGCCCUAAUCCAUUAUGACUGGCGUUCUUACAAGAGGAAAUCUAGACACAUACACAGAUGCAAGACUUGUGCGCACACAAAGAGAUGACUGUUGGUAUACAGGGUGAAGACAGACAGCCAUCUGCAAGCCUAGGAGAGCAGCCUCAACAAACCAACCCUGCUAACACCUUGAUCUUAGACUUCUGGCCUCCAGAACUGUGAGAAAAUAAAAUUCUGGUUUUUAAGGCCCGCAGUCUGGUAUUUUGUCCCAGCACCCCUAGCAGGCUUACUACAAAGCCCUUGUUCUUAUCCUGGCACAGAAAAGACUACAGUGGAGUUCACUAGGAAGAUCUCUAUUUUCUACACUAAUCCUAAUUUUUUUUCCUAAAGCAGGAUGAGUUUUAGCCCUUAUAGUGUCCACAACAGUGACAGGGUGAAUAAUAUCCUCCAAAGAUGUCCAUGCCCUAAUACCCAGUAUGUAUAUUACCUUCUAUGGUAAAAAGGGCUUUGCAGGUGUGAUUGAGAAGGACUUGAUAUAAGGGUAGUAGCCUGGUUUAUCCAGGUGGGUGCAAAGUAAUUAUAAUGGUCUUUAUAAGAGGGAGGCAAGAUGGCCAGAGUCACAGUAGAUAUGACAAUGGAAACAAGAAGUUAGAGUGAUGCAAGGAAGGAGUCAUGAGCCAAGAUUUAUAAGUGGCCUUUAGAGGCCAAAAAAGACAAGGACACAUUUCCUCCUUAGAAUAGUGGUCCCCAACCUUUUGGGCACCAAGAUCUGGUUUUUUGAAUGACAAGGUGGGGUGGGUAUGAGGAGGAGGUCUUAGCUAAGAUCCCUAGCUGGCCCCCUGUAGGGGGUGGGGCAACAGGAGGCAGAGCUCCUAAGAGACCACAGAAGGUUUGGGGACCCAUGCCUUAGAGCCUCUAGCAAAAACAAUUUCUCCUAACACCUUGACUUUAGCCCAGUGAAACUGAAUUUGAACUUCUGACCUGUAGAAUUGUUAAGAUCAUAAAUUUUUGUCAUUUUAAGCAAUUAAGUAUGUGGUAAUUUGUUAUAGCAGCAACAAGUAAACUAAUACAACUAUUUGAACUCUGACUGACAUAUUACCUGAACUGCUGGAGCAUUCUCUUGGUACCAGUGCAGAGUUGCAAGCCCUGAAGACAGAUUACCUGGGUUGGAAUCUCUGCUUUAACACCUGCUGCACGGAUGAUCUUGGGCCAGUUACCUGAUCUCUCUGUGGUUAAGUUUCUCAGAUGAAGCUACUUGGAUGAAGAUUUUAUGAUAACUGGGAUUUUGUCUUAUUCAGUAAAAUAGACCCAAUACAUCACACUGUAGGUAGUCAAUAAAUAUUGGUGAUUUAUGAUCCAUCAGUGAGCUAACAUAAAGUACUUUGCCAGACUUGGUGUUAGGUUCAGUAUCUAAAAAUUAUUAAUGUUGUUCAACAACAUAAAACUUCACAACACGAGGCACCAUAAUAAAAAUACAGAUUUUUUUCAUGUAUAAAUGAUUAAAUCUAUGUAAAAAUGCAUGUAAUGAAGACUAAAGAAACAAAAAUACAAAUAUCAUAGGUAGUGGAUUGUUACAAUAUUGCUUUAAUGUCAUGGGUAAUAGGUUAUAAUAUUACUUUACUGUAAUGGGUAAUAGGUUAUAAUACUGCUUUAUAAUAAAGUUAAAUUGGUAGUGGUCCUAAAUGUUAUGUUUCAAGCUAAUCUAUGAAUGUAACCUUUACUUAUUCCAGCAUUAUUUUUACUUUUUAAUAUUUACAUUUUAAAAAUAGACUUCAAGAUAACAUUGUAGCCCCCACAAAAAGAAAAGAUUAUUUUUUAAAUAAAUUCUUUCCAGCAUAAAGGAUUGAGUAUUGAAGGAAGGCACUGCAGCCUCCUACUUCCAUGUCUUUCUUUAAAUGAUAAUUCUUGCCCACAUCUGAAAAAGAAUUACAGCCCUGAGAAAGACAGCAAACGCCAGCAGCACCAAAGUUGAGAUAUCAUCUUGGCUACCAGUAAGUCACACUGUAAAAACAGUCAUACCUCCAUCUUCCUGUGAAGCCAACAUAGUUUCUUAACCAGUGAUGUCCAAAGUUCUCCCAUAAUAUUGGGCAAUGAGUUGCCACACCUUGCUCAUUACCAGAAAUGUGAGACUGAGAAUAGCAAUGCCACCUAGCUUGUCCUCAGGAAUAACUGAUAAAGGGCAUGAAAUUAAAAGUUGCUCAGUUUCUAUUUCUUCUGUCUUUCAAAAGCAAUAUUUACUGCAUUUUUCCUAAUGCAAAAGUAAUAUGUACAUUGUGGGAAGUUGAAAAAUACAAAGGAGAAAGUAAAAUUCAUUUUCAUCAUUAUUAUCCAAAGAUAUGUACUGUUAGUAGACUGAUAAUGUUUUAGACUUUUAGUAGGGAUAUAAACAUUUUAAUAAAAUUGGAGCCACACUGUACCUUCUUUUUAAAAUCUACUUCUUAAUGUUUUCCAAUGUCAUUAAAUCUUUCAAAAUUUGAGUGUUCAUUGAUUGCAUAGGUUUUUUAUCAUACAUUCACUAUUACUUAAUUCCAUUAUUCAAUUCAUAGACUUAUUUUUUCCUCACAAACACUAGUGCUAUGAAUAGAUUCAUAUCUUUGGACACAUCUCUGAUUAUUUCUGUAGGAUCAAGUCUUGGAAGCAGAAUGUCUCUGUAUGCAUAUUUCCAGAGAUUGUAGGGUAGGGGUAGAAAUUUGGAUGUGAUGAUUUGCAUACUUUUAAGGGUUUUGGAUAUAUUUUCUCAAAUUACCUCCAGAAAGUUUUGUAUUUCUACCUGCAGAUUCUAGCCAACACUGAGACAUUUUUUAAUCCUUGCCGAUUACAUAGGCAAGAAUAAUACAUUAUUCUGCUUAUGUUUCUGUGGAUACUAGUGUAGACAAAUAUUUUUCAAAAUGUUUGUAGGACAUUUGUUCUUUGUGAAUUGCCUACAUAUCUUGCCCAUUUGGUUAUUGCCAUUAGCACAUGUUGCCUCGUUGAUCAUAUCCCCCAAAUUUGACAUACUUAGAUUGUGUUCUCAUUUUAUGAGGUCAUUGUUUUAUUAAUAGUUAAGGGGUAUUCUAUUUCAUGCUUUACAGCUAUCUUUUCCAGGGACGAGGUAACAUUUUAAACAUAUUUGUUGUUCUCAUUCAUGUGUACUAUUCAAUCAUCAAACAUUUAUUGACCAUCUCCUAUAUCCCAGACGUGGUCUAGUUGCUGCAGACACAGAUGAAUUAGAUAAGUUCGCAGUAUGGUAUACAGACCUGUGCUCUCCAGUACAAUAGUUGCUGGCUGCAUGAGGGGAUUAAGCACUUGAAAUAUGGCUUGUCUGAAUUUAGAUGUCCUAUAAGUGUAAAAUACAUACCAGAUUCCAAAAACCUAGUAUGAAAAAAUGCAAAAUAUCCCACUAGUAAUUGGUUUGAUUUCAAAUGGAAUUCAUUUUUUUGGAUAUUGAGUUAAAUACAAUGUAUUAUUAAACUUAGUUUACCUGACUUCCGCCAAGAUGGAGGCGUAGGUGGACGUGCCGUGCCUUCUCACACAACCAAGAUUAGAGAAAACUAAAUAUUAGCAAUAGAAAACACAGCCAGAACACGGAAAAUUGAACUUUUUGGAAGUCCAUUAACAACAAAUUCUUCAGCCUGACCGGUAAGGGGCGAAACCAGUGGCUGGUGAGGGGUUGCACAGGAGGACUCGGGUCAGACAGACUCAGGCGUGGAAUCCAGACACGCGGAAUCCAGGAGCAGGGUUGGACCUAGUGAGCGACCGAGCGAGCCACCAGGCAAGCGACUGCGGAGGAGACAGCAGGGAAGCGGUGCUGAGUAUUGACUGUGGUCGCCCAUUUGUGCGCCAGCGGACAGGCGAGGGAGUGGGCGGUUGGACUGGGGCCGGCAGGUCCCCACAGCGAGCGGCAGUAGAGGGCACCGCCAU